CUCCAAUUAUGAAUGCUGAGCAAUGUAGCAUAACUUUCACGUGGUUGUCUUGUCUGCUUCCUGCAGGUAUAUUAUUAGAGGUUACAGAGCCGUAGAUCUCAAAAUCAUUUACCUGAUAAACUCAAGCCCCCAACAAUGUCUUCCUCUUCUUCACAGCCCCCGGAGCUUCCACUGAAACCGGUUCCUGGAGACUGGGGGCAUUUCUUCUUUGGUGCAAUUCGAGACCGUUUAGCAUACUUCUACCAUGAAGGCAGGGACAAGUUCUUCGAGAACCGAAUCCAAAAGCAUCAAUCCACAGUCUUCAGAAUCAAUAUGCCUCCUGGCCCUUUCAUUUCCUCCUCCGCUCAAGUUAUUUGUCUUCUCGAUGCUAUCUCCUUUCCUGUCCUCUUCGACAGUUCCAAAGUCGAAAAACGUGAUGUUCUUGACGGUACUUUCUUGCCUUCCUUGGCUUACAGCGGUGGCCAUCGAGUCUGUGCUUACCUUGACCCUUCCGAGCCAAAGCACACCUCUCUGAAAUCCUUCUUCUUGGCUACUCUAGCGGCCCGCCAUAAUAACUUCAUACCCCUCUUUCGAACAGGCUUAUCAGAGCUUUUCAACGAGCUUGAAGCUAAAAUAUCUAGCAAAAAAGAAGCAUAUUUUAACACCCUGUGCGAUACCAUGUCUUUCAACUAUGUUUUUCGCCUCCUCUGUGACAAAAACCCGAGUGAAACACGGAUAGGAUCCAAAGGACCAAAACUUGUUGACAAAUGGUUAUUGUGUCAGCUUGCUCCACUUGGAUCACUAGGGUUGUUGCCAAACUUUCUAUGUCUUAUCGAAGAUCUUUUGUUGCGUACAUUUACUUUCCCAUUUUUUCUAGUUAAAUCUGAUUACAAGAAACUUUACGAUGCCUUCUCUGAGUUCGGAAGCUCAGUCUUGGAUGAAGCUGAAAAAUUCGGGAUAGAAAGAGAUGAAGCCUGUCACAACCUGGUUUUCCUUGCUGGUUUUAAUGCUUAUGGUGGCAUGAAAGUUCUGUUCCCUGGCCUGAUCAAGUGGGUUGCAUUAGCAGGAGAAAAGUUACACAAGAGGCUAGCUGAUGAAAUCAGGACCGUUGCCAAAGCUGAAGGUGGUGUCAGUUUCUCUGCCUUGGACAAGAUGGUUCUGACCAAAUCAGUGGUGUAUGAAUUUCUAAGGAUUGAUCCUCCCGUUCCUUUCCAGUACGCCAAAGCCAAGGCUGAUUUGGUAGUCCAAAGCCACGAUGCAGCCUUCGAGAUCAAGAAAGGGGAGAUGCUCUUUGGGUAUCAGCCGUUUGCCACCAGGGAUCCCAAGGUUUUCGAGAACCCGGAGGAGUUCGUGGCAGAUAGGUUCGUUGGGGACGGAGAGAAGCUUCUGAAGUAUGUUUAUUGGUCGAAUGGGCGUGAGACCGAGGAAUGCACGGCGGAGAACAAGCAAUGUGCCGGCAAAAAUCUGGUGAUGCUGCUGUGUAGAUUGUUGCUGGUGGAGCUUUUCCGUCGUUAUGACACGUUUGAGGUUGAGGCUGGGAUGUUCAUGUUCGCUGCAUCAGUGACGUUCAAGUCGUUGACUAAAGCCUCAAGCACUUGACACCAUACCGAUGGUCGCAUGAUCAUCAUAAAUUAACACUAGUCGCAUUUUAUUUGAUUACCCUUUUCAUGUUGAUUUCUCAGUUCUACAGUGUUUAUGUCCUAUACCUAUCUGUAAGUGGUAAUAAAAUUUUUUAAUUUAUCUCUUAAAACUGUUACCAAUA